AUGGGCGCCUAUCUCUAUGGGCGCCUAUCUCUAUGGGCGCCUAUCUCUAUGGGCGCCUAUCUCUAUGGGCGCCUAUCUCUAUGGGCGCCUAUCUCUAUGGGCGCCUAUCCCUAUGGGCGCCUAUCUCUAUGGGCGUCUAUCUCUAGGGGGGCACCUAUCUCUAUAGGCGCCUAUCUCUAUGGGCGCCUAUCUCUAUGGGCGCCUAUCUCUAGGGGCGCCUAUCUCUAUGGGCGCCUAUCUCUAUGGGCGCCUAUCUCUAUGGGUGCCUAUCUCUAUGGGCGCCUAUCUCUAUGGGCGCCUAUCUCUAUGGGCGCCUAUCGCUAUGGGCGCCUGUCUCUAGGGGUGCCUAUCUCUAUGGGCGCCUAUCUCUAG